UGAUCUAUCGGGACGACAACGCAUCACGACUGAUCUUUAUACCACAGUCUAUUGCGUCUGAUGAUUGUGCCCUUAUAGCGAUCACCUAUCGUGCGUACUUCAUAAGGCUCAUUUCGCGCUAACAUUUUUCUCGGCCGUGCUUUCAACGGAGCCAGACCGGGUCCAUUGGAAGCUACGGAGCUCGACUGCCUUCAGGUUCUAUUUUGGAAGAAAACGCAGGAGAGAUACGGUAGUGUGAAACCGGCGCAAGGCUAGUUGGAAGUUGGCCUUCCUGGAAGGCAAAGAGACGCACAAAAAUGUAUAGGAUAUCAAUUUGGUCAGGCCUCUUACUCACGGUCUACAUGACAAUCGGUUCAUGUGUAGAAGUACGGUUGCAGAAGCGGGAAGCGGAUAUCUAUGCCAAAUGUCUUCCCGCACUCCUUGAGGACGUGCAGCACGUCGCUGCGGCUAUUCAAAUCACUCUCAUUCCGCCGCGCUUCUCCCCUGAGGAAGAGUGUGUGCUUAAAGGGGAGUACGCGUACAUGGUCUCGUAUGCAAAGGAAGGCGAAGAACCGCAACGCUGGAAACCUCCAGGCACUGAAGGACCCAUAGUCCUCCGUAACCUCAAGCCCUCGACAGCGUACAGAAUAACGGUAGCCAUGAGCUACCACUACACCAGCACAAAUCAGGCGAAGGAAACACCAGACUUCCUAAUUGAGACGAAAACCACGAACCUCGCAGUUCCUCCGCCGCCGACUACGGAAAUCAAACUGGUGGAUUCCUCCCUGCUGAACAAGACCCAGCAGAUGUAUGAAUUUCCUUACAACAUCUUCAGUGACGCCAACGGGAUGCUCGAAGGCGUCCGUACACUCGUGGCACAGGACACGGAAAUAGAUAAGUGCGAGCAGCCAGUUACGUGGAAAGAAGCCCAUUCGCAGUCCCCCAUCAAGUGUUACAAUGCCGGACGUGACGACCGGCUUAAUUCAGGUUGCAAAUUGAAGCAUCCUACGGUGACAUGCGUGUUGGGUUUUCAAGAAGAAGAAGAAUGCGGUGACCGUAUAUGCAAUGGACCACUGACGCCUGGCGUCAAGUACGGUGUAAAGAUAAGGGGGACCAACGAGGCUGGGUCCACAGAUUCCAAGCCUGUCUUCUUCACAGCUGGAAGCCCACCUGGCGCUGCUGGCAGUGACAGUGGUGCCGGUGGCAAAGGCAGCGAUGUAGGUGGCAACGGCAGUGGCAGAACGACGUGUGGAAGCUCCUCGCUGAUCGGUGCUAUCACGUUUUUCGUAGUACUCGCAAUGACGAAAUAGUCACACACCUGUGUUGGUAGGAUUCUACUAAAGGACAUCUGACUGCAACCUGCUGCCACGGCAUUCAAGAAUUGACGCUGAAAGAUACAACAAAUGGACGCACAUCAGGACUCAUCUGAUGAUCGCGAGGCAUGUCAUGUCUGUGGGGUUCUUUAGCAGCAGUGGUGGCAAAACUUGAACAACAGUACGAAAAUUAUUGUGCACAAAAAAUACUACCAUUUUGAUAUAGAAAUGUUCAGCAUUUGGCCCCUCCGUACGGGUAUUGUGACAGUUUGUACAAGUUACGUUGAUGGUGAUGUAAUAAAGGAAAAAAAAAAUUGUAUUUACAUUGAAUAAACACAUCUGAGGUUUAGUUGCA